CUUCUGUUUAAAUGAGCAAGUUUCUGUAUUUCUAGUCUGUUUAUAACAAAGUGAACAAAGAAACAAUGGCGCAUCAACGGAAAAGUUUGGUUAUUUUUAUAUUUCUCACGGUGCUCGUGUUUGUGUUUGCGUUGCCGAGAGACGCAACCGUCUUUGACAACCAACACUCUGAGGUGGCAAUCGAAAAGUCUACUUCGAAAAUAGAUUCCUCAGAUGUUAAGAUUCCUGGGCGGAUAUGGUGCGAGUUCGAAGAAGCAACAGAGACUGCGAUUUGUCAGGAACAUUGUCUUCCCAAAGGCUAUUCUUAUGGAAUAUGUGUUAGUAACACUUGCAGUUGCAUUUAAAAAGGAUACAUUUUAGUUAAUGCCAAAUAAAAUAUGU